UUUUGGAUUUGCUUUGUUUUAUGCACUUUUGAGUUUUGAUUCCUAGGGUUUAGUUGUAAGUAGUUCUUUUGUUUGCUUAUUAAAUCAGUUUUGUUUAAUCUGCAUUUGGGUCCUCGGUUUUGAGUUUUUCCCCGUAAUCCGUGACACUUUCACAGGUAAAACUAAAAGAGAGGGAUGAUAACCUCAUAUUCAAGCACUCAAAGUGGGUAUGGCCUGAGGUCCAUAAAAUGACUGGAAAAAUCUCAGUAUAAACAGGUUUAUCCUUCUUAAUGGGACAAUCCUUAAGUCCUGGUUUGGAAACGUAUGCUUAACUGGGAUAGUCAAAAGAGCAUUGUACGUGUGAUUAAAGUUUUAUGUGGAGAUUGAAAUGUUAGGACAUACCAGGAGCUACUGGACCACUUAAAAUUGAGUGGGAAAGGAGAAUUUUGGAAAUACCUCCAACUGCAGAGCAAUACAUAAGGAGUGUUCUUGAAAAUAAAUGUUUAGAGGAGUCCAGUUCGAUGCAGAAGGUUUUUGAGAUGCCAGAGAAAAAACACAGGGCCUCACUAUACAUAAAACUAUCAUAAAUAUGAAGGGUGAAAAGUGGGAGAACUUGAGAUUAAUUUGGAAAAAAGAUUUAGAAAAUGCAAUUGGAGAGGAUGCAUAAUAUCCAGCACAGGUUGGGCUUUCAGAGAUAUAGGGAGUGAAUCUUGUCGUUACAAAAUGAUAUGUGUGUACUGUUGUUUAGGAUGGGUCUGGCACAAGAGAGAAAAUGUUAGAAAUAUAAAGUGGAAAUUGGCAGACUGUAUAGGAUUAACCUGUAGUUCUUACCUUUUGGAAAGAGGUGCUGGAAAACUUGGAUAAAUGUUAGAAAAGCCCCUCUCAGUAACCCCUCAGGUGUGUCUUCUAGGAGAUAAAUCAUUUUACCACUAGGUGUCACAAAAGCACUGCUUUUUUUUUAUUGCAACAAAACAUUGUUGAAAACUUGAGAAAUGCAAAAACCCCAGUACCCGGUGAAUGGAUUAAUGAUGACAGAAACUCUGACAAUCUAUUAGCUCAAAUAAAUAGCAAAAAGAGGAAGUUUGAUAAAGUUUCCAUCAAGGGCUCAGAACCUUCAAUAUAUACAGGUGCAUUGGUGAACUGUGUUGGCAGGUGGCGCGUGUGUUCAGUAGUUUCCAAUCCCUGAAGUUCAGCGUGAGGGAAGAAGAAGAGCGCGACGAGGAACGUAGAAGAAGAAGAGCAGGAGCGGACAAACCAAAGGUGUAACCUAACUUUUAUCAUCUCAGCUGCAGGAUGGACAUGUCCAUCAGGCUGGCUCUGUGGCUGCAGCUGGCAGAGAGCUGUGGGCUCAGCACGCUCCAGCAGGGUGUGCAGCAGGUCUGGAAUCUGCUGCUGCUCUGCCUCGUCUGCAGGAUCUGCUUCAGACUGGGCAGUGCGUCCACGGUGAAGCACUUGACGUCGGCGCUGUUUGGGAUGUGCGCCCUCUUCCUCUUCUUUGAGAUGCACAUGCUGUGGGUGCUGCUGCUCAGCGCUCUCUGUUACCUCAUUCUGCUCCUCAGCCGAGACUCCAGCGGCAGAGGAAUCUUCCUCUCUGUUGUCAUCCUCGUCUUCCUCCUUAUCGGAGAGUUGCAUUUAAUCGAUGCGGUGACCUGGCAUAAAAUAAGAGGCUCUCAGAUGGUGGUUGCGAUGAAGGCCAUCUCUCUGGCCUUUGACCUGGACAGAGGGGUGGUGGCCGCUCUGCCCUCCCCUGCUGAGUUCCUCGGUUACAUCCUCUUCGUGGGUUCUGUCGCGUUCGGCCCUUGGAUCAGCUUUACCAGUUAUAAGAACGCAGCAGAGGGCAGAAAACUGAGCUGGGCGUGGCUGCAGAGCUGCUCUUUUAGCCUUCUGAAGAGUCAGAUCUGUCUGCUGGUCUCCACCUGCAUCGCCCCCUACCUCUUCACGCUGUUCAUCCCCAUCGAGGGAAGCCCGUUCACACAGAAGUGGAUGCAUGCUUAUGAAAACGCCGUGUCCUUCCACUUCAGUAACUACUUCGUGGGUCACCUGAGUGAAGGCACCAGCAUGCUGGCUGGAGCCGGUUUCACUGAGGACAAAGACAACAUCAAUUGGGAUAUGAGCGUUGUAAAGCCUCUCAGUGUUGAAAUGCCUCGCUCCAUGGUGUUGGUGGUGACGUCCUGGAACAUCCCCAUGUCCCGCUGGCUGAAAACUUACGUUUUCAAAAAUGCGAUGAAACUGGGGACUUUUCCAGCCAUCCUGGUGACGUACACAGCCAGCGCCUUACUGCAUGGUCUGAGUUUCCACCUUGGAGCAGUUUUGCUGUCUUUGGGAUUCAUCACAUAUGUAGAACAUGUUCUGAGACAAAAACUUGCAUCCAUCUUCAGCGCCUGUGUCCUCUCCCGGCCCUGCGCUGCUGACUGCAGCCAUCAGCACAAGAAGGAUUACUGGGUGAUGCUGCUGAACCUGGUCUUUAGCCUCUUGGCCAUCUUCCACCUGACCUACCUGGGCUCCAUGUUUGAUCCUGGAGUUGAUGAGCAAGAAGUAGAAGAGGGGUACGCAGCGAUCCACACCAUCCAGAGGUGGUCUGAACUGAACUGGGCGAGCCACUGGGUCGUGUUCGCCUGCUGGGUUUUCUACAGACUAAUCCAGUGAGAGUAUUAGAGAAGUUUACUAAAGAAGAGGGUUUGUGCCAAUAAAUAUCAGGAUCUUUUUAACUGAUGGUAAAGAAGAAGCUGCUGGAAAGAUGGAGGACUGAGCCUGCUUCUUUGCAGGUGAACGUGGAGGUAAAAACACUCCUUCUCUCACUGUUUGGAUGGGACACAUAGUGGCACCUCACCUGUGGUUUCCUGUACGAACCCUGGUUAUUUUGGGACCAUUUCAGGACAUUUUAAGUAAGCUUCUGCAAGCGAUCACUCCACUGAUUUGACUGAACUGAAAAUCCUGCAUGUAAGAGUUAGUGAUGGACCCACAAAGGCAAUAAAAUGUUUUAUUUUACCUGUAUGCAGUAUAUUGGAGAGAGAAGAGGUUACCUGUAUUUCUCCACAAUGAAGCUGCAAUGUUGUACACGUCCAACACAUUUCAGUUUGAAAUAUAAUAUCUAGGUACAUUAUUAUUAUAGGGUUUUAAAAGGUACAUUUCUGUAAGUAUAUAUGUCCUUUUGUUACAACUGUGUAUUUUUCUACUGCUGCUAUUUUGUUUUUCUAUUGUUUUCUAUUAAAAACAGCUGAGAUAGAGCCUGA